AUGGAAAUAAAUAAAUUGAAUGAAGUUAAUCCAGAUGAUUUGGAUGUUAUCUUUAGAGGAAUCUAAUUAUUUAUUGAUCAAAAAGAGAAUGAUUUAGAAACAACAAUACUUCAACUAGUUGAUAAAUACAAAUACUAUUAACUACAAGAUCAUGAUAAAAAGUUUUAGUUAUUAUUUUAAACAAGCAGAUUGUUCCUCCGUUUUUAAAUUAGAGUAUCAGAAUUACUUGAGAAAUGCAAGAAUUAAAAUGCUAUAAAUUAUGUUUUGAGCAUAAGAGAUAUUCUAAAUUAAAAAGCAUAGAAUUUUGCUGUUAUACUAAGUAAAGUUCAGAAAAGAUGUGAAAUGCAAUCAUUUUAAUAAAAUGAAGACAGUCCAUAAAUAUAGAUGAAAAGAUCAAUUCCCCCAUGGUAAUUGAAUAGUUAAUAAAAUCGAUCAUUGUUUUAAUUUUAUGAUAUUGAUUUUUGGAAACUUUAUGAUAUCAUGCUUUUGAACAAGUAAUUCUUUAACUAUUAAUUUAGAUAAUACUGUUCAAAUCUAAUUGUUUAUCAUUAAUCAAAGCUUGAAAAUGUAGAGAGACUUUUUUUAUCCAGUUUAGAAAGAAAUUAAAGAUUUAUUUAGUCUAAGUCUUUGCCAAUUAUGGAAAUAACAACUCUUGUGGAUAAAGCUAGAAAAUUGAAAUUUUUAUAGCUUACUUAAACAAUGGAAACUCCUUAUGCAAAUAAAAAUAUUACAAUGUUUGGCAAUUAGAGUCCAACUAAAAAGACAUAAAUUAAUGUUAAGCAAUCAAUUUCGAUAAGUCCUUAAAGAACUUAGAGCAGAGAUCCUUAAGAAUAAGACAUAAGAAGUAUGUUUGAUACAGAAAAUUUCAAUUUGUUUGAUGCAAAUUAUAGAAUAACGCGAGCUAAAAACUUAUCAUUACACAAUGACAAGAAUGUUAUUGGCUCUUCUUAAUUUAAAUAGAAAGAAAAGUCUAAAUUAUAAUAAGAAAACUUUAGUCCUUAGAAAGGAUGCAAAAAUUAAAAUUGGAUGCUUCCAGAAAUAAAGUCUCCAUUUUGUUUAGAUUAAAAUGGUAUAUAGAUAUAUAUAUAAAAUUAAUUUUAGAUUCUCUCAUCAAACCUAUUUAGAUACAUUAAAAUUAUGUUUACAAUUAAAGUCCAGAAAGAAGAACAACAAGGAAACCACCUUUAGGAGCUGAUCUCAAUAGUACUCUUUGUCAAUAAUUGUUACCUUAAUAUAGAAAUAAUGCUAGAGCAUUCUAAACAAUAAAAAGUUUUAUCCGAAAAUGA